UUGCAAUCUGAAAAGGUUUUUUUGGAUAUCUGUGCGACUUUGAUUCACACAAAAGAACGCAGUACCUAUUUCAGUGAAGAAAAAAAAGUCAUUUCAUUCGAUUUGAUAGCCAUACUCUGAUUUGUACGAACGUUCGGUCGUACGGAGUGAAAACAAAUUGAUUGAAUUUGUAAACGAAGAAUUGAGCAAAGUGCAUAAAACAUUUCAAAAUGGUGAAUUCGCGAUAAGUUUUAUGCAAAUUGCAGCACGUGUUAGAAAUCAAUUUUCCUGCAUAAAAUAAGAAAAUAAUUACUAUAAAAGCAGUGCUAAGAGUGUGCUAAAAUGAACGCCGAAAAAUUAAAGAAACUUCAGGAACAAGUUCGAAUUGGUGGAAAGGGAUCUGCUCGCAGAAAGAAGAAGGUCGUUCAUAGCACGCCGGCAACCGACGACAAAAAACUCCAGUCAUCUCUGAAGAAACUGUCCGUCAAUACCAUACCGGGCAUUGAGGAGGUGAACAUCAUCAAGAACGAUGGCAGCGUCAUCCACUUCAACAAUCCAAAGACUCAAGCAUCACUAUCCACCAAUACAUUUGCCAUCACUGGUCAUGGCGAAAAUAAACAAAUCUCGGAAAUGUUGCCCGGCAUUUUGACGCAAUUGGGACCGGAGGGAUUGAUGCAAUUAAAGAAAAUUGCCAGUGAUAUGAUGUCGACGAAAAAAAUGCCAGACGAUGAUGAUGUACCCGAUUUGGUUGAAAAUUUCGACGAGGUUGCGAUCAAUGAUAAGAAAGCGGAGGAUGUGGUUACGGUAAACGAAAAUGCGGUCGAUUGAAAAGGAAUUCUCAUAAUUCAUUCUUUCAAUUAAUGGGAAGACAGAAAACUGUUUAAAUUCUUGAUAAGGUCUUGAAAUUAAACACUUAAAUAGAAUUUUAUUUGUAAUAAAAAAUCAAAUUGAAAAAUCUCAAUGAUAUGAUGAA